AAAUGAAACAUUUGAGAACAAAUUUUGUACAGGAACUUUUUGCUUAGGGUAAGCAGAAAUUCAUUUAUUUAAAGAGAAAUCAUCUAUCUGUUGUGACUUAGUAGUAGAAAUGAAGUGGGCAACACUUAAUUUUAAUAAGGAAAAUAUGAUUAAAAUAUUAAACGGGAGGAAGUUAAAGAUAUAGUAGCUGGCUCCAUUUAUUCCCCAGUCUUACAAAUGAUAGAAAAAAUAUUUUAAUGACUUAAUACAAAUGAAAAUAGCUGGAAAUGUUAUACUGAAAUUAAACACAAUGAAGUGGAUGGAAUAUAGUAUUCUACUUUUUGUUGAAUUAGGAAUUGCAGUUAAUUAUUAAACACCAUCCAAGAGUGUUACCAUAUCCUGUCACUUCUGCCAAAAGAGGAUGGUUGAGAAGUGAAGGCACCAAAAAAUCACAUUAAAUGAGGAAUUAUUAAUUCAAUAAAUACCUGAGCUACUAUGUAGUAGGCAGUCCCUGUUCUCUAUGCUGGGGAUACAGCAUGAACAAAAUUGAUUUAAAAAAAAAUGUUUCCUGCCUUCUUGGAGAUUAUAUUCUAUGGGAGGAGUCAGGCAAAAAUCAAAAUAAGUAAAAUAGUGUGUUGGUCAGGACUGUUACAGAUAAAACUGAGGAAAGGGGAAGGGAGUUUUACAUGAGUAGAUUUCUUCUUGAAAUUGGUUUAGAUUUGUCUUGAAUUGGUAUAGGUCAAGAACAGGAAUUUUAGACUUACUCGAUUUUGCCCCCAACAAAUUGUAUAUUCUUGGGUAAAUUGCUCGCCAUCUCUUAAUUUUCACAUUUAUAAAAUUAAUAGAUCAAAACAAUAGCUAUUUUUUUGUCACUACUGUCAUUUAGCAGACAUACUACAUAUGUCAUCUAAUUUACUCAUAACCAUCUUAUGAGGUAAGUAACGUUGUCCCCAUUUGACACACGAGCAAACUGAGGUUUAGAUUAGGCAAUUUGUUUGAGUACAUGCUCCUCUUAAUGGCACAGAGGGUGUGUUCCAGGACUUGGUGCUUGCCAUUAUCAUUUGGUACUGCUUCUCACUGUGUUGGUCCUAUGAGUUUCUUCAGUCUAUGAAUGUCAGGUCAUAUGGGUCAGGGUGGUCGACGUCUUACAGAGAUGCCUGUAAUCCUGUCAGAUAGCAUGAGAACUCGGGGACCUCCGCGGUUUGGUCGCGCAUUUACCGUGCCUGUCGCUGGGUCAGACGACCUGGCAGUAGAGGGUGAAGGAUGGAGAAGGCAGAAGGCAGGGCGCGGAGACUACUAGUCCCAGCAUUCCACAGGCGCCUUCCGGCGGAAAGUGUUUGUCAUAUGGGCGGGGACCCUGGACGACAUUCGGGCCGCAGCGGCCGCUGGGUGCAGCCGAGCGGUGUGGAGCGGAAAGACCACUCGAAGGGCUCUCCUGAUACUAACAGUUCUACGAUUUGAAACCCCGCCAGAAUUUAGACAGGGUCUCACUGUAUUGCCCAGGCGGGUCUCGAACUCCUGGCUUCAAGCGAUCCCCCCGCCUCAGCCUCCCAAAGUGCUGGGAUUACAGGCGUGAGCCACCACGCCUGGCCUCACUCAAACAGUAAACGAGGUAUGUGACGCAUUCCCAGACUCUCCAGCCAACUGAGCAUCAGCUCCUUCACGGCAACUGGGUCCUGAUUAAUGUCCUCCCGAGACAGACUUCAUUGGAUCCACACUCAAGAGGACUCUGCCAGGUUUUUCUGACCCCUCUACAUUGCUAUAAAGUGCCAAGGCCUUAAGACUUGGGUACGUGUAUUACAACAGCAAGAGUGCCAGCGCCAACAAAAGACCCAUUGGACCUGUCAGCUCCUCUGUUUCACCAACCAGACACAGUAACCUUACCAACAAAGAGUAAGCCAAGUGCCUCUGUAUGACACCACCAGCAGCUGAUAACGCAUACGAAAAAUAUAACUAAUUUAGACUAGAGCCCUAUCUCUUCUUGAGAAGCUGGGAUUUGAAGGAGCUAUCCUGAGAUCUGUACUGCUAUUUCGCUCUGUCGGCCAGGCUGGAGUGCAGUGGCGUGAUCUUGGCUCACUGCAACCUCUGCCUUCUGGGCUCAAGUGAUCCUCCCACCUCAGCAGCUGGGACUACAGUCACUGUAUAUAUGGCUUAUUUCCUGGGUCCACGGGAAGCAUGAGUCUGUUGGGACUUGGGGCAAGAAGAAGACAAGACAUCUUAACAAGGAAAACCAAGCACUAAAAAAAGUAUCCCCCCAACUCUGAAGAGAUAGAGCAUAAACAUGGCCGACAGUGGACUUAGGGAACCUCAAGAGGACUCUCAAAAGGAUUUGGAAAAUGAUCCAUCAAUAAAUUCUCAGGCACAGGAGACCACAAUCAUGGCAAGUAAUGCUGAGGAAGCUCAGACCCUACACUCUGCCUGUGGUCUUAGCAAAGACCACCAAAGGGUGGAGACAGUGGGUCCGGAAAGUGCAGAUACAGGUGAUAAAUCCGAAAGUCCAGAUGAAGCAAAUGUGGGGAAACAUCCAAAGGAUAAAAUAGAAGAUGAGAACAACCAGAGUUUUCUGGAUGGUGAAAAAGGGCAUCACCUCCCUUCAGAAAAUCUGGGUGAAGAACCCUUGGAUCCAGAUCCUAGCCCUUCUCCAAGUGACAAGGUAGGAAGAGCAGAUGCACACUUAGGGAGCAGCUCUGUGGCCCUCCCUAAUGAAGCAAGUGACGGAACUGGAGCAUCUCAGGAACCACCUACUACAGACUCCCAGGAGGCCCAGAGUCCUGCUCAUUCCAUUACAGGGCAAGAGGGCGAGGAUACACUGAGGAGGCGACCGCUGGCCCCAGAGGCUGGAAGUCAUCCACAACAAACACAAAAAUUGGAAGAAAUUAAAGAGAAUGCACAGGACACCAUGAGACAGAUUAAUAAAAAGGGUUUUUGGAGCUAUGGCCCUAUCUUUCUUCUCUUCCUGGUUGUGGCUGUUGUGGCAAGUUCUGUGAAUAGCUACUAUUCCUCUCCAGCCCAGCAAGUGCCCAAAAAUCCAGCUUUGGAGGCCUUUUUGGCCCAGUUUAGCCAAUUGAAAGAUAAAUUUCCAGGCCAGAGUUCCUUCCUGUGGCAGAGAGGACGGAAGUUUCUCCAGAAGCACCUCAAUGCUUCCAACCCCACUGAGCCAGCCACCAUCAUAUUUACAGCAGCUCAGGAGGGAAGAGAGACCCUGAAGUGCCUGAGCCACCAUGUUGCAGAUGCCUACACCUCUUCCCAGAAAGUCUCUGCCAUUCAGAUUGAUGGGGCUGGAAGGACCUGGCAGGACAGUGACACGGUCAAGCUGUUGGUUGACCUGGAGCUGAGCUAUGGGUUUGAGAAUGGCCAGAAGGCUGCUGUGGUACACCACUUCGAAUCCUUUCCUGCCGGCUCCACUUUAAUCUUCUACAAGUAUUGUGAUCAUGAGAAUGCUGCCUUUAAAGAUGUGGCCCUGGUCCUGACUGUUCUGCUAGAGGAGGAAACAUUAGAAGCAAGUGUAGGCCCAAGGGAAACUGAAGAAAAAGUGAGAGACUUACUCUGGGCCAAGUUUACCAACUCUGACACUCCCAGCUCCUUCAACCACAUGGACUCAGACAAGUUGAGUGGGCUGUGGAGCCGAAUUUCACACCUGGUACUGCCAGUCCAGCCAGUGAGGAGCAUUGAAGAACAGGGGUGCCUUUUCUAAAGCUAAGCACAAAGUUGGUUAUAGAAGGUGUAUGUUUAUGAAAAAGUUUGUUUAAAGGCCUUUCAUUUAUAUGGAAGGAGGUUGAUAAAAUAGGUUGAGGAAAUAGCCUGAAAAACAAAAAUGAGCUUAUUUUAGAAACAAGUUUUUAUUUUUUACUUCUUGUAAAAUCUUUCUAAUCUAAGCCUUGACAAAACUAAAAAUUAACCGACUUUUUUUCUUUGCCUUUUGGACCAAAUCAGGUUUGAAGUAUGGAUGAUAUAUAUGAGAAUUUUUUUAAAAUUCUAAAAUAUAGCAACAUUGCACAGGAAGAUACUCUUACUUCUUAGAGUAACUACAGAGUGAUUUUUUUUUCUUGAGUGAGCCUCUGAAGAGCCUUUUGGAUGCUGUUUGGACUUGGAUGAAAGCAAUUAGAAUUAUGAAGCAAUGAUCACUUUUAGAAAAUUUUUCUAUCACAUAUUAAAUAUUUUCAAAACCUCACUUUAAUAAUCUAAAGUUAUGGGAUUAUAUCUUAUAUUAAUUUUACAGUUUUGAGUAGUAUGAUAAAAGAAAUAAGAAUUCAAACCAUUAAGUACCUACCUAUACUACAUGUAAGGCACUGUGCUUUUAUUCCAUUCAGCUGAGGUAUAAGUGUACCUCAGUACAGAAUAAGCAGCUGUACUCAAACAUUCUUAAAAAUGAGAACCAAUGGGGAAAUUGUUUAUAAUCAUUGGAAAUGAAGAAAUUCCAAUUGGCUAUAUCUUUACUUCAGCUUUUCUUGAAUGAUUUACAGCAGUGAUUUUCAAACUGUGUCUACUGGCACCCUUCCCCUUUGUAUCAGAGCAGUUCUGCUUUUAACUGUUUUAUAUGUCAGGCUCUAUGAGAUUUCAUUAGAACAAAGAGUUUCACUGAUACUCAAGUUUGAAAACCAUUAAGUGAAAAAACAUCUUAGAAGAUAGGAAAUAUGUAAAAAAAUUGAAUGUAUUAAAUCUUAUGAGUAGGAAGAUGAAAUACAGGUUUAUCAUAUAGAUAUAUUGUUUAUGAACACUAAAGAUCUAUACAUGAACAGCAGAAUGUAUAAGCUAGCAUUUACUAGCAUGUCUCUGAUGCUUUUGUUCAUUUCUGUUAGUCAUCAUUUUUGUCCCCUCUGCAUGGAAUUUUAUACUUGUCUAGGGUGAGAGUUUGUAGACUUUCAGCAGAACAUAUUUUAAUAACCAAUUUAUUUGUUUUAUUUUAAAAAAUUAUUUUCGAAUAACCAAUUUAAUAGUAAAUUUUAUAUGAACACUUGGCAUAACUUUACCAAACAGUUUAUUUCUAUGCAGUGAUGGAACAUUAUGUAAUACAGCUCGUUUCUUGACCACCUAGUUAUAGAAGUACCAUUAAGUUAAAAAUUAGAGAAAUCCAAGAGAUGUUAUACUUAAUGAGAGGAAGCAGAAAUGGUGGGUAGAUUCUCAGAGGUUUUGAUGUUCAGUACUGACUGUUGGACCAUGUUCUGUGAUUGUAAGAAAUAUUGAAAACCGUUUGUAUGGAGACAGUAGGUGAUUAGCAUUUGAGCUCUGAAAGCAGAACUCUAGUAAAAUGAUCUCGACCUAACAAAGGGUCUGUUCUAUUAUAUAGACUAUUCCCGUAAUCCUGGAAUGUUUCAGCUAGGUUUUGGCCUCUCCAUUAUAUGAGCUCAUGUGUAUAUAUUUAAGAAGUCUGAUUAAAGUAUGGAAAGAUUUUAGGAAACACUAAGACAAUACAGGGAUCUUUAUUGAUACCUAAAAAGAUUACAAUUGAGUAAUUGCUUAAUUGAGUGUAGGGGCAUACCUGAAGGAAGAAUUUGCAUUUGGGACUUUGAAGGAAUCUUCCAAGAGAUUUGGGAAAAGACCUGAACAAAAAGUUAAAGCAUAGUGAAUGUAAUAUAAAUGUCAAUCCAGUAUAAAAGCAGAGGAAACGAAGGAAAAUCUAUAUACCAUAUGCAAAUUUUUUCUGUCUUUUUAGAUCUUAGAUGCUAACAUUACAUCCACAAAACCAGUGUUGCCUUGUACAACUAUUAUAUUGGCCUGCUGACCUGUGCUACCUCAGAUCUGUAAAGGAACCAGUAUGACGCAUAUUCUUGUUUCGUCAUUCGGUCGAAUAUGGUUUUUCAUCAUUUCCUUUCAAAAUAAUUUAGAAAAAUAAAUUUCUACAGUCA